AUGGUAGAAAUUAAUAUCAGAGAGUUAGCCAGAGCUGUGACACCAUUUGAGAUGCGUAAUCAAACAGAUGUCACUGAAUUCAUCUUCUUGGGAUUUUCCAACCACCCCAAUCUACAGGGGUUGUUCUUCUUGGUCUUCCUGGUCAUUUACCUGACAACUCUCUUGGGGAACACACUCAUAAUAGUGGCCAUCAGGGUCAGUCCUCGCCUCCAAACUCCAAUGUAAUAUUUCCUCAGGAAUCUCAGCUUCUUAGACAUCUGCUAUAUAUCCAUAUCCAUCCCAGUCAUGCUAGUGAACUUCUUGCAAGAGAAGAAGACCAUCUCAUACAAGGGCUGCCUUUCUCAGGUCUUCUUCUUCAUAACCUGUGCUGGCACUGAGAGUGUCUUGUUAGCUACUAUGGCUUAUGACCUCUAUGCAGCUAUCUGCCGCGCUCUUCAGUAUCCAGUCCUUGUGAGUGGGAAAGUCUGUGUGUGUUUAGUGAAUGGAUCCUGGCUGUGUGGGAUGGUGAAUUCCCUGACACACACAGUGCUGGCAGCCACACUCACUCUGUGUGGACCCAACCAAAUCAGCCACUUUCUCUGUGACAUCCCACUGCUCCUGAAGCUCUCCUGCUCAGACACCUCCAUCAAUGAAUCUGUGCUCCAUGCAGCUAGUGCCACCAUUGGCCUGACCCCCUGCCUGUUUACCGCAGUGUCCUACAUACUCAUCAUCUCUGCCAUCCUGAGGAUUCCUUCUGCUCAGGGCAGGAGUAAGGCCUUCUCUAUCUGUGCUUCUCACCUCACUGUGGUGGUGGUCUUCUUUGGAAUGUCCAACUUCAACUAUGACAGACCUGAUGUAGGCUACAACCUGGACAUCGACAUCCUGAUCUCUGUGCUCUUCUGUGUCAUAACUCCUAUGUUGAACCCCAUCAUCUACAGCCUGAGAAAAAAGGAGGUCAAACAGGCCCUGGCUGGACAACUCAGAUUCUCUUGUAAGGUCAGUGGUUAG